AUGGAUGCUGGCAAAGUUCCCGCCAAAUACGCUAAGGUGACCGCCGUUCUCGGCCGCACUGGUUCCCGAGGAGGUGUCACUCAGGUCCGCGUUGAAUUCAUGGAUGACUCCAACCGAAGCAUUAUCCGAAACGUCAAGGGCCCAGUCCGUGUCGACGAUAUCCUUUGUCUCCUUGAAUCCGAAAGAGAAGCCCGCAGACUCCGAUAG